UACGUCUUUGUUAUCGAUGUAGCAGCAGACAGACGUAGAGAAGGAAAGAUGUCAUUUCCAUUCAUCAUUAUUUUUGCAAAAAUGUAGUGAAUAGAUCGUUAACUUGUUACGAUUUCAAGAUGACACUUAUAGCAUUGUUCAGCCGCUUUGUUCGUGGAACUUUGUUGAAAUAUGAAACAGUUGCGGUGGUUUUCGCAUUGUUAUUUCUCUAUGGUUAUGUCUUUCAUCGAGAUCACAUCCUCCGCUCGGUGUUUAGACGGACACUUAUGCACUCAGACGCCGGGCCUGGCCCACCAGUGAUCAUGCGGAUUCCCGGCCUGAACAAAGGGGGACUAGGAAGGAGUAAUGGGCAUUUAAAGUACAGUCAUGCUAGCCACAGAUCUAGCUAUAAACAAUUUGAAAGUCAAAGUGAUGUGGCACAUUGGGAACUUUUAAAAGACAAUGUUGCUGUGUACUCAAUUCAAGGACGUCGUCCAGGGAUGGAAGAUCGCUUUGAUUACGCGACGGGAGAGAAGGAUGGAGUGACUGAAAAAUUUUGUGGGAUUUAUGACGGCCAUGGAGGCGAGUUUGCAGCAGAAUUCACAGAGAAGUUACUCUCACAAUCAGUCCUUGCCCGACUUGCCACCGCUAAACGAAGACAGCAACAUGUCAAUCAUUCACAGAUACUCAUCGAAGAAAUAUUAGCUGUGGACGAGAAAUUCCUUACUGUAGCAAAGUCAAAUGAGGAUAUGGCAGGCUAG